CUGCUGGCAGUGCCAAGUUUUUUCUACUUUUUUGAGCUUUUUUGGUGAGUUUUGGUGUCGCGCAUAGCGGCCCGACCUUCACGUGAGUCCUAUGUAACCCAAAUUUUCCUUCCUCGUCUGUCAAACUCGUUCCCUAUUGUGGGGAUUCGUUUAGAGAGGCAAUACUUGCCCAAAAUGUCCACGUCACUUCUGGCGAGAGCCUUCAAAGCCUCGUCUACUAAAGUGACAGCUGCGUCGAGGGCUUCCGUCGUCCAUGUCGGCUUUAAGGCCUCUCGCUUCGAGACCACAGCAGCGGCGCCGGUGGCGUCUGGAACUACUCGAAGCGCGGCUCCUUCCACUCGUCCAUUCGAAAGUCUGAAAGACAUCAUUUCACCCCAGACAUACCAGGCUAUCGUUGGAGAGCCAAUGAGGCUGAAAAACAUGACUUCCGUACAAACAGAAGUUCUCUCUCAUCUUCCUCAAAUUUCCUAUCCGUACGACCCCAAAACACCGCACGUACGAGAUCUUCUUGUUCGCGCAAAAACUGGUACAGGCAAAACCCUUGCAUUCCUUAUUCCUGCUAUCGAAGCUCGUGAAAAGGCUAUCAAACAAUCAGGGACGCAGGCUUUGCUUGAUGCUGGGCUCAUGUCUGAUGAUGCCUUGGUACGGAGGGUCAGAAAAAGGUAUUCGAGGGAGACUGUUGGCGUGCUUAUUCUCAGUCCUACUCGUGAGCUUGCCACACAGAUUGCGAAUGAGGCCACGAAGCUACUUCAUCAUCAUAAGGGAAUGGAAGUCCGCCUGUUUACUGGUGGUAUGAAUAAACGAACUCAAAUGCGGGAUUGGAUGAAAGGUAGUCGGGAUGUCGUUGUCGCAACAACCGGAAGGCUUAGGGAUUUGAUGGAAUCUGAGCCGGAAGUUCUAAGAAGCAUUCAGACUGCAAAGACUUUCAUCCUCGACGAAGCUGAUACCAUGUUGGACAUGGGUUUCCGAGAUGACAUUCACGCUAUUCAGAAUGAGCUUCCUCGUUCACCGACACGUCAAACAUUGCUUUUCUCCGCCACGGUUUCUCCCUUGAUUCGUCAGGUCGCCUCAAAUGUGCUUGCUAAAGACUACAAGUUCAUUGACUGUGUCAAAUCCGAUGACUCUCCCGUUCACGCCCACGUCCCUCAGUACCACACUGUUCUCCCCAACGCUUCCGCACAAAUUCCGCAUAUCCUGAGGCUCAUUGCUCACGAUCAGUUAACGAACCCGAAGUCCAAGAUUGUCUUGUUUCUGCCAACGACAAAGAUGACGCAGCUUUUCUCUACGGUCAUUAGUCAGCUAUCGAGGGACUUGCUCCCCGUUGCGACAACUGUCCACGAAAUACACUCGAAGCGUCCAAUGGAGUCACGUAUUCUUGCAUCUGAGAGAUUCAGGACGGAAAAAUCCCCAGCAUCGAUCCUCGUCACCUCCGAUGUUUCUGCAAGGGGAGUGGAUUAUCCCGGUGUGACUCGUGUCAUUCAAGUCGGCAUCCCGUCCUCGACCACUCAGUAUAUCCAUCGUAUUGGUAGGACCGGUCGUACAGGUGGUGUUGUAGGUCGCGGUGACUUGGUUUUGCUCCCUUGGGAAAUUGGGUUCAUCACGUGGCAGUUGACGGAAGUACCCAUUAAACCUGUAACAGCUGGGGAGAUCAAGCUGCAGGUCGAGGAACUCGCCAAGAAAGCUGACUCUGAACCCAAUUCUCAUAAAGGCAUCCGUACACCUUUUACUCCACGCCUAUCGGAUUUCGAUUCUGCUCCUGAUGAGAUCAUGUCACGAUUUGAGGAAGAGGCUGUUCGAGAACUCUUCGUGUCCAUGCUUGGGUACUACCUUCCUAAAUCUGAUGAACUACGCGUUGAGAAAGGAGUUAUAUUGGAGGGAUGCCGGGAUUGGAGUGUACAAGUUGGUGGGCUACAAGCUGCGCCGUUUGUCAGUUACGCAUUUCUGGCGAAGUUGGGACUCGGAGGACCAAGGAACCCGAAGCCUCCAAGGCCUAUCCUGCCAAAUCAACAACAUUGGCAAUUGAGAGGAAAUUCCGUGAGAAAUAAAGAGAGGAUGGGGAUUGAAAGACCGCGCAGUGGACGCCCGAAGGAUAGUGGUAGGAACCGGUCCAGGGAUGCCGGAGAGGGUGCCAGCAACUGGUCGAGAGAUGUAAACGAGAAUGGAAGUGGUAGGAAGAGGAGCUGGUCGAAUGAUAGUGAUCGGAGUCGUGGCGAUUGGUCCAGAGAUGCAGAUGUCGAUCGUGGCAGUAACGGUUGGUCUCGCGGCGACAACCAAGACGGAGGGAAGUUCAGUGAUCCAAAUCGCGAACACAAGUCACGCGAAUAUAAAGCACGCAACUUCAGCAGACAAGGUGGUUCCUCCUGGUAAUGAGAAUAGAAUACGAUAGGUAGGGUUGACUUAUUUACUUUGUUAUCUACUGUUCCUCGCUGUCAUUACUCUAUUUUUCUUCAAAUACGGUACAUCCAUGUAUUAUAUAGCAUCACUACACAAAAUAAUACUCCUAUCGAAGGAACUUCCAUACUUUACAGGGAAUAUGUAGGCGAAUCUUGGCUAGGUACAACGAUCCCAACAAAUU